UUGUGACGUUCUUUGGCGGGGUCAUCCGCCGUGAUCUCUUUAAUAAAUCGUCAUUUACGAUUCUAGCUUAAACUUAAGCCAAGAAGCGCGUCGCCGACAUUUCUAGCCCGACUGCAGAACUUAAACCUCGAAACUUAUUUCCUUAUUAUUUUAUCUUAUCUUACCUAGCCCUCUUCGAGCCAUCCUAAUCCAACGUCCUAAACCGAAGCCUACGAGGAACUCGUCGCUAUCCACUAUUCCCCCUUUUCGAAUUUCGAUCGAGACGAGACCGGGCCUACCAAUCACCAUGUUCGACAUCAUCCCAAAGCUCCUCUCCUCCGUAGCAUCCUUCCUCUUCCCCCUCUUCGCCUCCUACAAGGCGCUCAAGACCUCCGACCCCGCGCAGCUGACGCCAUGGCUGAUGUACUGGUCCGUCCUCUCCUGCGCCCUGCUCGUCGAGUCCUGGACCGAGUUCAUCCUCUGGUGGGUGCCCUUCUACGCCUACAUGCGCCUCGGCUUCCUGCUCUACCUCGUCCUGCCCCAGACCCAGGGCGCGCGCGUGCUAUACGAGGCUUACCUGCACCCCUACCUCGAGGAGAACGAGACCGUGAUCGAGGACUUCAUCGCCAGCGCCCACGAUAGGCUCAAGGCCGCCGGCAUGGCCUACCUGAAGCGCGCCAUUGAAUUGCUGCGCACCCAGGUACUGGGCAUGCCGCCGCGUGAGGAAGAGCAGGAGGACACCAGAGCCACCGCCGCGCCCCAGGGAUACACGCAAGCACUACUCGCUAGGUUCAGCGUGCCGGCCGCCCAAUGGGUAGCGAACAACAGCGACACGUCCAACAACAACUUCUACAACAUGCUCGCCGGCGCCGUUGGUGCCGCGGCCAGCAGCUUCGCGCCGCCCUCGGGCAACCAGGAGGCGUCCACGGCGACCCUGAUCCCCGAGAACAUAAGCGGGGCCGAGGACAAGAUCAACUUCAUCGCCGCGCAGAGGGAGAAGCUGGCGUUCAUGAUGGGCGCCCUGGACAAGGAGGCCAAGCAGCUCGAGGAGCGCAAGGCGGCGGAGCAGGCGAGGAAGGACCUGCGCCCCGGCAGCACGAGCCUAGACGGACAAGAGGGCUCGCGCCCGCCGAGCGGCCACAGCGUGUGGAGCGGACUCAGUAAGAGCCGGAGCGAGGUCGAUUUUGAGAAGAUCGACGCCGAGAGCGGCGCUGAGGAGGACGAGGGUACUUUACGCAGAAGAGGGCCCGCUGGUGAGCCGAGUCCCGGGAGUGCGAGGAGCGGUUGGAGCUUUCUGGGCUGGGGUACCGUAGGCACUGGACAAGGACAAGGACAAGGGGUCGGCGAGCCGGAUGCUGGGCAUAGCUCUGGGGUUCAGAAGUAGGCUAACC